GAGCCGGGACGUUGCGGCCGUUGCCCCUUUAAGAACCGCGCAUCUCGUGGGGGGGGGGGCGUAAUGACGUCACAACGCCGUCGCCCCGCCCCGGCCCGUACGCCACGAGCAGGAGCCGCCAUGACGCCGCCGGUGCCCGCGCUGACCCCCGAGCAGAAGCAGGAGCUGGCCACCAUCGCCCAGCGCAUCGUGGCCCCCGGCAAGGGCAUCCUGGCCGCCGAUGAGUCCACCGGCAGCAUCGCGAAGCGCCUGAGCUCGGUGGGCGCGGAGAACACGGAGGAGAACCGGCGCUGGUACCGGCAGCUGCUGUUCACGGCGGACGCGCGCGUGGACCCGUGCAUCGGCGGCGUCAUCCUCUUCCACGAGACGCUCUACCAGAAGGCGGACGACGGGCGCCCCUUCCCCCAGGUCAUCCGCGCCAAGGGCGGACUGGUGGGCAUCAAGGUGGACAAGGGGGUGGUGCCCCUGGCCGGCACCAACGGCGAGACCACCACCCAGGGGCUCAAUGGCCUCAUGGAGCGCUGUGCCCAGUACAAAGUGCCUUGA